AACGUCACUACCGCACCUGCGCAGCCAUCUUGUAUUUUGGGCGAAAAAAGAAAGGAGAAAGAAAAUAAUAUCCGAAUGAUAAACCUGGCAGAAGAAAGGAAAUAGGGCAGGACCUACCGAACGAAAACAAAACAAAGGUUAAACAGAACAAGAGAAGAGCGAGCAGAAGCACGGACAUUCGACAAUCCGCUUUGAGCCCAGUUCUCAAGUCAUCUUUUGGUUCACAGCGGAGACCGAAAGGAAAAGAGGAGGAAGAACCGCCGUCAGAAAAACAGAUCCCUACCGUGUCAAACACACCAUGAAUCCCGAAUAUGACUACCUGUUCAAGCUCCUUCUGAUUGGUGAUUCUGGUGUUGGCAAAUCCUGCCUCCUCUUACGAUUUGCUGAUGACACUUACACAGAGAGUUACAUCAGUACCAUUGGGGUGGACUUUAAGAUCCGCACCAUUGAGCUGGAUGGGAAGACCAUCAAACUGCAAAUUUGGGACACGGCGGGGCAGGAGAGGUUCCGCACCAUCACCUCCAGCUACUACAGAGGAGCUCACGGCAUCAUCGUCGUGUAUGAUGUCACAGACCAGGAGUCCUACAACAACGUGAAGCAGUGGCUGCAGGAGAUCGACCGCUAUGCCAGCGAGAACGUCAACAAGCUGCUGGUGGGGAACAAGUGUGACCUCACCACCAAGAAAGUGGUGGACUACACGACGGCCAAGGAGUUCGCCGACUCCCUGGCCAUCCCCUUCCUGGAGACCAGCGCCAAGAACGCCACCAACGUGGAGCAGGCCUUCAUGACCAUGGCGGCCGAGAUCAAGAAGCGCAUGGGCCCCGGGGCCACGGCCAGCGGGGACAAGCCCAACCUGAAGAUCGAGAGCACCCCAGUCCGGCAGGCCGGGGGCGGCUGCUGCUAGACAGGACUGCCCGGCCCCGGCUCCCCCCGGCUCUCUGCACCCGGCACCCUUCUCCCGGUCGAGCCGGGCCGGGGUUGAGCCGGGGGGAGGGGCUUUGUUAGGGGAGGGGCUGAAGAGCGGGGGGGGGAGGGGUUGGGGAGGGCAGGGCAGGGCGGGGUAUAUAAGGACUGGGGGACUGACAUUUCAUUUGGAGCGUAGCCCCGGGUAGAUUAUGAGAGAAGGAAUUCCUGGGGUGGGAUAAGCCCCCCCCCCCUCCCCACUCUGCCCCUUUUUACAGAGAGCCAAGGAAGAGUAAACCAAUCUGGGAGGAGGAAUUGGAAUAAUUGGGUAUAGGCACUGUAUGAUUUGAGAUCAUAGCUUUAGAUUCUAGUAUUCCCUUCACACAAAUACACACACACACACACACACAGACACAUGUUAACAAACCCAUACACAAAAGCAAAAAAUGUAGAGAGAGACGCACACACAUGCACCUGUGGACACACUGAUACAGACACACGGACGCACACGCACACCAGAGCUGGAGGACUGUGAUGUACGGAAGGCAUUUCCUGUAUUUUAUCGAAGCAGUGAUGGGCCCUUACUUGCCCUUUAGGUGUCAGACUCCAGUCCUGGAGGGCUGCAGUGCCUGCAGGUGUCAGUGGUUUCUUUUUCAAUCGGCAGCCAAUUAAGGACUUGAGAACAGGGUGUGUGAACUCUCUAACCAAUCAAUGACUUGCAUUAAUCACUCGUGCUGAAACUGGCGGACGCUGCGGCCCCCCAGGACUGUAGUUUGACACCCCUGCCUUAAGGCCUGCGGUUGUUCUCUUCGGUUGCAGACUGAAUGUGUACGACUGAGGUUUUGGAAUGGUUACCUGAAUAACGAGAGCGGAUGCUUGAAGGGUAAAGUGACAGAAACUGGCCAAUGGGAGUGGGGACAUUGAGGGUGUGAGCGCGUGAGUCGUUCCAGGCUUUAGCCUGAGUGUCGAACGCGCUUCUACUAAAGCCUUGAAUUGCUCAAACUGUUUUGACCAGGGGAGUGGCUUAGCUUUAGUUUAGGGGUGGGAGGCCUCAUAGUCCUAUACACUCCUGAGGAACUGGGAUGAGGAGGGUGGAGCCAGUUUGGAUGCAGGCGAGAGGCACGUGUUGGAUUGUGGGGGGAAGGGGGGAAGGGGGGGAGAGCAGGAUUUGGAGCUACUCCAUUCACGUAGUGUCCAGGCAACCUUGUCCUUAAUGCACGGGUGCACAACUCCGUCCCUUGAGGCCCGGUGUGCUGUUUGUAUUCUUCUGGCUAACUGGUUCACUCCAAGCACGGACCGCAGAGAAACGUGUUUCACCUGCGGUGCAUGUGCAAGCUGCAGCCACAGCUCAUGCCUUUAAUGAAAAUGCUUUCGCAAAUAUAUGACAGGGCUCAUGAAAUAAAGGCCGAAGUUGACAUGAAGUCCCAAGAACAGAUUGUUGUGCACCCCUGCCUUACAGGAUAAAUAACACGAAAAAAACAAACCCCAAAUUUUAUGAGUUGUUCUGUACCUUUAAUGCAGGAGGUGUGCAUUUUGAAAAUACGAUUCUCUUUCAUUUCUGAGAGCACGAGCUAACUUAUAUCCGAUCUGUUGUUCUUAACCUGAUUCAGGCUGUAUAACUGUCAUUCAAGUCCCAGAAUGCAUUGCUCCUCCUUUCCUCUGUGCUGGUUCUGUUUGCAAAUCGUAUUGUUACUUGCUCUUUAAAAAUAAUAAGGUCUUGAUCAUUGCAACGCAUUAACACAGACCCCAAAUGCUUAGUUACACCAUAAUGCGAGACCCUGAAUUUGUUAUUUUUGGCAGAUUGUUUGAAUUGUAACAGGCAGAAGAGAUCUGACUGGCUUUGCAGUGCAUUCUGGGGAUUUGAGUUUAUUUUUAAAUGUCAAAAUUUCAAUAAAAUGUAAGUGGAUUAAAUGGUUCAGGAUGGGCACCUGCAUACCCUUUGAAGGCUCAUUUAUAGAAAACAAAAACUACAUUGUUGCAGGAAGCUUUAGAAACUUGAGUAACUUACCAAGACAUCAGACAAUGACUUUCCUCUGGAAACUGAGAUCUAUCCACUCCGUGAUUAGGUACUUGCUUUUCAAUGUGCAUGCUGAACUGUGAGGUAAUGAACAAUCCCUUAAUAUACACAGACACACAGUGACGAGGAGUGGGGGUAUUUAGGACGGUUUGGACUAGUUCUGGAGAGUGAAGGAGGGGCAGGGCAUUGAGCCCUGUGGCCCAAAUGGUGGAAACAGCAUUGGGACAAAGCGGCAAAAAGAAAUCUGCAAUAUUUAGUGUCUUUGUCUUAACUGUCACUUUUUUAAAAUUCUUAUAUUAUUAUUGUGGUUUUACUAUCGUGAUUUUUUUGUUGUUGUUCUUUUACGUUCUCUUCUUUUUGGCUUACAUAGAAAGCUUGUACAGGCGCUGUACUUAACCGCUGCUGCGUUAAUCAGUGGUGCAGGUGUGGUCCUUCAGAGAGCCACGGUUCUCUCCCGGGUGUGUGUGAGUCAAACGGGAGGCCUGUCUCCAGUCUUACCGCUGCUGUGUCCUCGCGUGGGCCCUGGGGCCCGUGAGGAGGAAAUACUCCACUUCAGGGCUUUGUGACUCCUAUUUUGAAGGGAGAGUGAGGCAUCCUUUACACCCCCCCCCCCUUUAAGAGUGGGUGGAGCCUGGGCAUUUGUCAUCGGCUCACUCGAUCCAAACCAAUCGCCAUUGUUUGUGCGGUGGAGGGCAAACCCUUUGACUGGUUCUGACAAGUCGGUGUGGUGGCUCAGUCCAUUAGCAGGGGCGGUGAGGCUCACUCCUCCCAUCCCUGUUGCUUUGUUCCAGGUUUUAAUGAGUUGAUUGGCAAGGCACCCUUAAAACUCAUCAGGAUCCCUCUGGAAAUACUGUGGGCGCGUAUGCUAUAACACGGCUGUGGCUUCAUCAUGUUUGUACAAGCAAGCAGUCGCUGUAAAAGAAAAAAAAUUCUUAAUGAUGGCUCCCUUUUUUCUACCCCUGUGUUGCAUCAGGAGUGGCGUUUAGCCCUUUUCCUGCAGUGCUAAGUGAGGCGUUGUAAGUUUUGGGUUAAAGCUGAGAAGUUGUUUUCUCCAAAAAGUGGAUCUCAUCAUUGAAAAUCACAGAGCGCUCACCAGUCCUCAAAAGCCAAAUGAAAUGUCAACGGUCAAUGAGAUAAACUUGCAACUAGGCCAUCCGCUUAACAAAAAAUGCUAUUGCUUCUUGUUGUUUAAAUACACCCUAAAAAAAUUGCUACAUGUUCUAGUCUUUCUUGAACUUUCCAAAUUACAAAUUAAAAGGCUUCAAAACAUGCGGGCAAAAUAAUUUUUACUGAGUUCUGUUUGGCAGGUUUGAAAAUCUCUCCUAGCUGAGAUACUGUUCCUUUUUUGGAUAAAAGAUUGUACCCUUAGUACUUCAGCUAAAAAUGAUCAGGGAUUUCAGUGUUUUCUGAGAAGUUCAGUUUGGUUUUGGACAGAGGACUCCUGAAUCAGUCCAAUCUUACAGAGGCUGGAGGAGGAGUUUGUUUGCAUUGUCUUCUAGUGCAGAAGCCAUUUUAAUCAUUACAGUCCCUUAUUCCUUGGCUGGAUGUAAAGAGGUCAAAUUCUUGUUGAGCAGCCAUUUUAUUUUUGGUGUGAAGACCAGUGAAGGUUUUUGGGAUGAGGGAAUUAACUGCUGUUCACUGAAAAGGGGUUAAACUAUAUGACAUGUAUGGAUGCAGGGGGUAGGGGUGGGUCAUUAUAUCUGGCUGUGUAUUUUGGGCAAUGGUUUUCCAUAAAAUCUCUGCAAUGGCCCUUGUGUUUAAUACUCUAUGUAUGACCCUGAUUUAUAAAUAAACUAUGAAUCCUAACGGGGAGGGGAAUUAACUGCAGACUGACUGACUGAUCUUUUUAAUAUCCAAAUUAUCUUUGUUAACUGUUUUACUGUGGAAAAUAUUAAAUGCGCACGACUGUCAGAAUUCA